GUAACUCGGGAAAUUAAUAUAAAUUAUUUUAGGAAAAAAGAUUAUUUUAAUUCACAAGCCCACAUUGACAUUGUGGGUAUUUGACAACUAUAAAGCACAUUGAUGAACAAAUCUGAAACACAUCCACUUUUCUCAUUUUUAUCUUGUUAUUUACAUGCACAAUAAAACACUUUCACAAUCUUCCUCGCUUCUCUCACCAAUCACUACUCAACUUUGUCACACACGCACAAAAAAAUGGAGUUCCAAACUCAACACAACAAUGAAUCAAACCAAAUCUCAAACUUAGAAACAGAACUAGAAAUUACUCCAAAUGGCCAAACCCAAGAUCCACAUGAGCCUCAAGUUUUCGUUGAAGACUAUGACAGCUGCUGCUCCACACCUUAUGUUAGCGCUCCUUCAAGCCCUGGCCGGGCACCUGGACUUGGACCAGUAUCCAUCAAUGGUGGGUUCUUUUAUAGUGCACCAGCUAGCCCUAUGCACUUUGCAAUGACCUCAGUAGCUUCAAUGGUGUCAUCAACCCAACCAUCUUCUCCUGAUAACUCAGUGCCUCUUGGUUUUGAGUUUGAGUUCUCUGGAAGAUUUGGGUCUUCAGGGUCAGGUCAAACAGGAUCCAUGAGCUCAGCUGAUGAACUUUUCUUAAAUGGACAGAUCAGACCUAUGAAGCUAUCCACCCACUUGGUAAGGCCUCAGGUUUUGGCUCCUUUGCUUGAUCUUGAACAUGAAGAUGAAGAAAAUGAAUAUGUUGAUAACAAAGCAAGAGGCAGAGAUCUGAGGUUAAGGGAUAAGUCUUUACGGAGAAGAACAAGAUCCAUGUCCCCUUUAAGAAAUGCUACUUUUGGUCUCAAUAUUGAUGACCAAAGCAUGUGCUUAGAAAAAGAUUUAGGCCAGAAAGCUGACAGCAAGAGCGAUGAGGAGAUGUAUAAUGAAACAAGUGCUUCGAUGUCAGCUUCUUCUUCCAGGUCUUCUUCAGCUGGAAGAAACUCAAAGCGAUGGGUUUUCCUGAAAGAUUUUCUAAGGAGCAAAAGUGAAGGAAGAAGCAACAAUAAGUUUUGGUCAACUAUUUCAUUCUCUCCAACAAAAGAAAAGAAACCUGGGAGCAAAAGCAGUGCUGUGGUUCAGGAGUCUAAAAAGAAGCUAGGCAAUGUAUCAAGUGGGGGAUCAGAGAAUCAAAGAAGCAGUAAGAAUAAGCCUGUGAAUGGAAUAGGGAAGAGGAGGGUUCCACCAUCACCACAUGAGUUGCAUUACACAGCAAAUAGAGCACAAACUGAAGAAAUGAGGAAGAAGACUUUUUUGCCUUACAGACAAGGCUUGCUUGGGUGCUUGGGAUUUAGUUCAAAAGGUUAUGGUGCCAUGAAUGGCUUAGCUAGAGCUUUGAAUCCAGUUUCCUCCAGGUAAACCAGUCAAUUAGGGGAAUAUUGAAACAAAUUGUAUAGAAUUUUUUUUU